CCCCAUGGAAGGAAGCCAAUUGUUUUGAUCUUGUUUUGUCAUCGCGUUUCAUCGUAUUGCGGUGUUCCAGCCAUUCAAUGACAAACUAAUCACAAACGAGAAAUCAACAUGAGUACAAUUUAUAUUCAUGAACCUCCUACGAACGGCAAAGUUCUAAUGAAGACUACCGUGGGCGACAUAGACUUAGAACUAUGGAGCAAAGAAGCACCCAAAGCUUGUCGUAAUUUUAUACAGUUGUGUAUGGAAGGUUAUUACAAUGGGACGUUAUUCCAUCGAGUUAUCAAGGGUUAUAUUGUACAAGGUGGAGAUCCCACAGGGACGGGAGAAGGUGGAGAAUCCAUCUAUGGAAAGCCAUUCAAGGAUGAGUUUCAUCAGAGAUUAAAAUUUAAUCGUCGUGGUUUGGUUGCCAUGGCAAAUGCUGGUCCCCAUGACAAUGGCAGUCAGUUCUUCUUCACCUUGGGCAGAGCUGAUAAUUUGCAGAAUAAACACACAAUUUUUGGAAAGGUUACGGGGACCACUCUGUAUAACAUGCUUAAGUUGGCUGAAGUAGAGACGGAUAAAGAUGACAGACCUGAAGAACCACACAAGAUUAAAAGUGUUCAGAUUUUAAGCAAUCCUUUUGAUGACAUCAUUCCACGAAACCUUCCCAAGAAAGAUGAUAAGAAAGAUGCCAAGAAAUCCGCAGUCAGCAAGUCAAAGGCUACAAAGAAUUUUAGUUUGUUAUCAUUUGGUGAAGAAGCUGAAGAGGACGAAGAAGAAACUAGUGAGCAACUUAGGAAGGAAUCACGUCAACUGAAAAAGGAGAUGUUAGAAUCUAAAAAAAAGAAGGAACAAAAAGAGGAGAAGCCUGAGGUUGAAGAAGAAGACCAAUCUAUUGAAGAUGAAAACAAAGUUUUGGAUGACUUCCACAAAGAACGAAAAAAGUAUGUGGAAAUGAAAAAAAAACAAUCAAAGGGGAGCAGUCGAGAAGAAGCGACUCUUGCACUGUUGUCAAAGUUCCAAAGUCGACUACACACAGCUAGGAUCUCUAUAGAUGAGGAAAAUGAUGAGAAGCCAGAAAAGACGGAGAACGUUAAAGAAGUUGCAGAAGAUGAGGAGGAGAAGGAUGAUGAAAAUGACAUACCUGUGGAAUCAUGGAUAAAACACCGUCUAAAGUUCGAGAACCAUGCUGGCAAAGUGAAAGAUGCUAAUAUUCAAGAUGAAGAUACUUUUGCUAUUCAUGAUCCCAGAAAUCCUAUCAAUAAGAGGAGGCGAGAAGAUAGUAAAAAGAAGAGAAAGGAAAAAUCACGGAGAUGA